AUGCCCGUCAACGAAUUUGCUCUCCUUCAGCUAAAGAGCGGCUACGACGAGGACAAUUUCCUCAAGCUCAUCAAGGCAGGCCAGGCCAACCAGGCUCAGUGGAUCCGCGAGCAUCAACCCCAUCUCCUCGAAGGAAAGCCAUACGCCAACCCAAGCAACUUUUACCUUCAAAAGUCCGACCCGCCAUAUCUUGUCAUCACGGCACCAUGGGACUCCCCUGAGGGUCAUGGAGAAUGGAUCCAGAGCGAUGUAAACAAGUCUGCCAUGGGUGGUCUCAUUGAGUACAUCGCUGAAGGUCCUGACGGAGUUGUGCUCUUCCAUAUGAAAGCUGCGGGCAGUGAAGAUGAAGUGCGGGGCGACCUCCUUGUUCAGGGUUCCUUCAAUAUCUGGAGAAUUUCGGUCGACUCUGACCAGAAGGAGAAGCUGCAAGAGCUAUACCGCAGCGUGGAGCUUCAGAUUGGCAACACAAACCCUAAUCAGAGGGUCUGGGGAGGAUGGAAAGUUGAAGAGGGCGAAAAAGAAGAAUUGGUCGUCUUCUCCCAAAACGUGAAAGAGGAUGUGCUAUCCCCUCUAGCCCAGGUUCCAAACGUUCAAGUCCGUCGUCACGAGGUCCAAGGGCUCCUGUAA